AUGAAGGUUAAGAUGACACCAGGAAACCAUGGAUGGACUCCGCCAAGCACGGCGCCGUCGCUACCAGCGUCCCCGAUGCUACGCUGUCCCCGGCCGGAUGGGGCUGCCGACAAGAACGGCAUCAUGCAGCUCAUUGCCAGCUCCGAUGGUCGCUUCCCCGCAGGAGAAUCGCGCAGACUAGACUUAAGUAGGUAUCUAGUGACCAUCGAUUGCCGUCGCUCAACAACGCCCACGAUCCGGAGGCUGAACCCGCUAGGCAGCUUGGGGCCUAGACAGCUGCCGGUCGCCUCACCGGUCCAGGAGCUUAAAGCUAAAGUGCAGCAAGCAUUUCCCACUAUCGUGCAGCAGAUCGCUAUUAUUUUGGUCGCCGCUCCUAAUCUCGAUAAGCAUUUUUAUCAAUCCCUUUUAUCAUGGCAGUUAGUUAAAAAGACUGGAUUCUAUUGA